GCGCUUGUCCCAAAAAUAAAAUUUAUAUGCGAACAGACAAAUUCAUCUUAUCUUGGAAAAUCACCAAAAAAAAAAAAAAAAGUGUUGAAAAAGAAGGAAAAGAUCAAAGCAAAAACCUUAUCGAAAAUGCCACUGCAGCUGCUUAAAUUGCUGCUACUGUUGCUGCUGUUGAGGUGCCUCAAAGCCGAGUGUUGGUGAAUAUGAAUGUGAAUUUAGAUGAGUACGAUUCAUAUAUGCUCAAUUCGCAGCACCACAAUGUUUUCAUUUCACCUGGAUAGGACCCUACGACAACAAAUCGAACAUAGCCAAGGAAAGCUGCGACGCCAGAGUGGGUGACUUCAAUGAGAUACCCUGCGAAAUGCCCCUCGUAGUCACUCGUAUCCAACGACACUGUGCCGGAUGUGAAGGCACUGUGGAAGAACGAGACAUUGAAUCGCGAGCAUUAUCUGUGCCAGAUGUCGCCCGGCUACUCCUGCGUCAAGUACUCCUAUAUAUUCAAGGGUGGCAUACAAAAUAUAACGUAUAUGUGUGCCAAGGUGAACAACAGCAAUGGCUGCUACCGCGAGACCCAGGCGACGGGCAUGCAGGUGGAGGCUUGUGUUUGCACCUCUAAACUGGGUCUGAUACCCUGCAAUAGCAGCCCAACUGCGCUGUCUCGACCAAUUCUGGGCUUGGCCAUGGCUCUGCUCAGCGUUUUUAUUGCAGUUAAAUAAAUAAACAAAAAA